ACCAAGCUUUAGUACCUCCUCUCCAUCUUUCCUUACAACCAAAAACUAUCUUAUACCAAAAUUUAUUCUGCACGUAACACAAUUCCAAACCCUAUAAAUACAUCCAUCACGCGAAACACACAUCGACAUCUCUCAAACUCCAACACUCAAAACUAGAGACUCAAAUGAUCCUGUUUUGUGUAACCAUAUGUACUUGCACAUGACACAUAACACAACAACAUAGUAUAUCUCGACCUCUGAGGAUUCCGAAAUACCCGGGGCUCCGUUCCAAACAAUCUCCCAAACCUCAUUUUCAUCCAAAACUUUUCCAUGGACUCUCACCGGAGCUUACCGCCUAAACCUCCACGCGCAACCCUGCACCACCGUAGAAAGACCGUCGAUCUAUCCCCAACGCCGCCGCCGCCGGUUAAAGCUAAUUCCGACGCGCUCCCUCUGCCUCUGUACCUCACGAACGCCGCGUUCUUCACGCUCUUCUUCUCCGUCGCGUAUUUUCUCCUGCACCGGUGGCGGGAGAAGAUACGGACCUCCACGCCGCUGCACAUCGUCACCGUCACCGAGAUUGUCGCGGUGGUCUCGUUGUUCUCGUCGUUUGUUUAUCUCCUCGGCUUCUUCGGGAUCGAUUUUGUUCAGUCUAUUUUGUAUCGCCCUUAUAUCGAAGAUCACGAGGACGAGGAGAUAUUCACAUUAAUGGACCAUAACAACAACAACAGCAACAAUGACAUCAGCAAUGACGUCAGCAAUGACAAGAGCAAGCCUGUUGGGGUGGAGGAGAACGAGGAGAUUAUUAAUUCGGUGGUACUAGGAAAGACACCCUCGUACUCGCUGGAGUCUAAGCUAGGAGAUUGUUAUAGAGCGGCGCUGAUCAGGCGUGAGGCGGUGCAGAGGACUACAAAGAGGUCUCUAGAGGGAUUGCCGUUGGAUGGAUUUGAUUAUAAUUCGAUAUUAGGGCAGUGUUGUGAGAUGCCAAUAGGUUAUGUGCAAAUACCUGUUGGGAUUGCGGGUCCUUUGUUGGUUAAUGGAUGUGAGUACACAGUGCCAAUGGCCACGACGGAGGGCUGUUUGGUUGCGAGUACUAAUAGAGGUUGUAAAUCGAUUUAUGCUUGUGGUGGUGCUACGGGGAUUUUGUUGAGAGACGGGAUGACGAGAGCUCCUGUUGUUAGGUUCCCGACUGCAAAGAGAGCUGCGGAUUUGAAGUUCUACUUGGAAGAGCCGCUUAAUUUUGAUACGCUUGCUGUGGUUUUUAAUAAGUCUAGCAGGUUUGCUAGGUUGCAAAGAAUUCAGUGCUCAAUGGCGGGGAAGAAUCUUUAUAUAAGAUUUACUUGCAGCACUGGGGAUGCUAUGGGGAUGAACAUGGUGUCUAAGGGUGUUCAGAAUGUUUUGGAUUUUCUCCAAAGGGAUUUUCCGGAUAUGGAUGUAAUUGGUAUUUCUGGAAACUUCUGCUCUGAUAAGAAACCAGCUGCAGUCAAUUGGAUUGAAGGGAGAGGAAAGUCUGUUGUUUGCGAGGCGAUUAUAACAGGAGAUGUGGUAAAGAAGGUACUGAAAACCACUGUGCCUGCCCUGGUAGAGCUUAACAUGCUCAAGAAUCUUGCCGGUUCUGCUGUCGCUGGUUCUCUUGGUGGCUUUAAUGCACAUGCUGCUAACAUAGUCUCAGCAAUUUUCAUAGCCACGGGGCAGGACCCUGCACAAAAUAUUGAAAGUUCUCAUUGCAUAACCAUGAUGGAGGCUGUUAACGACGGCCAGGAUCUUCACAUCUCAGUCACUAUGCCAUCAAUUGAGGUUGGCACCGUUGGAGGUGGAACGCAGUUGGCAUCUCAGUCAGCUUGCUUGAACUUGCUGGGGGUUAAAGGGGCAAGCAAAGAUUCCCCUGGUUCAAAUUCCAGGCUCUUGUCAAUCAUAGUAGCUGGAUCAGUCUUAGCUGGAGAACUUUCCUUGAUGUCAGCCAUUUCGGCCGGACAACUUGUUAAGAGCCACAUGAAAUAUAACAGAUCAAAUAAAGAUAUUUCCACUAUUGCAUGCCAGAAUUAAGUUACUCCCAGCACACGAGCCAAGUAGUAAAACAUCAAAAAAAUCUGGGAGACAGCAGGGCGAGCUAUUUAUGCUCCAUUUGUGGUUGCAAGUGCAGUAUCUUUCCAGUCGGGAACAUGUCAAGCAGAAGUGCUUGGUUGUUGUCUCUGUUUCAAUUGUAAUUUCCCUGUGAAUAUACGUUGUUUGCUGUUAUGUCAAGUCUACAAUCAAUUUAUUGGCAGGAGAGCAAUACUGCUUUCUUUUCCUGUCCUGCUUCUCAA